AUGUCCAACUAUGAGAGCCACAGCACGGCCCCAGUGCGCAAGGUCAAGCGCCUGCAGUUCGGCAUCCUGGACCCCGACUUCAUCCGUCGGUACUCCGUGGCCAAGAUCGAGACCUCGCAGAACUAUGACAAGGGCCGGCCCAGGCUGGGCGGCCUGAGCGACCCCCGCCUGGGCACCAUGGACCGCGCCUUCAAGUGCACCACCGACGGCGCGGGCGUGCUGGACUGCCCCGGCUACUUUGGGCACAUCGAGCUGGCCAAGCCCAUGUACCACGUGCACUUUGUGCGCACGGUGAUCCGGGUGUUGCGCUGCGUCAGCUACCACAACUCCAAGAUCCUGCUCAUGCCGGACGACCCCAAGUACAAGAUGCUGCUGCGCAUCCGCAAUCCGGAGCGGCGCCUGCACGCCUUCACCUCGCUGUGCCAGAGCAAGCGGGUUUGCGAGCACACGGGCGGCCCGCAGCCCAUAUACCGGCUGGAGUCCGGCACGCUGCGCGUGCUGGCGGAGUUCCCCGCGCCCAAGGCCUCUGACCUGGACGGCGCGCCGCUGCUGGAGAGCAUGGAGCGCAAGCAGGAGCUGACGGCGGAGCGCGCGCUGGAGAUCCUGCGCCGCGUCUCCGACGAGGACUGCGCCGCGCUGGGGUUCGACACGCGCUACACCCGCCCCGACUGGAUGAUCCUGCAGGCGCUCCCCGUGCCGCCGCCGCCGGUGCGCCCCUCCGUCCAGAUGGACUCCAGCGCGCGGUCGGAGGAUGACCUCACACACCAGCUGGGCGAGAUCCUGAAGGCCAACCUGCGCCUGGCGCGGCAGGAGGAGGCCGGCGCGCCGCAGCACAUCGUCUCCGAGUUCGCGCUGCUCCUCCAGGUGCACGUCACGGGGUACCUGGACAACACCGUGCCGGGGCUGCCCCAGGCCAAGCAGCGCAGCGGGCGCCCCAUCAAGUCCAUCUCCCAGCGGCUGAAGGGGAAGGAGGGGCGCCUGCGCGGCAACCUGAUGGGCAAGCGCGUCGACUUCUCGGCCCGCACCGUCAUCACGGGGGACCCCAACCUCGCGCUGGACGAGCUGGGCGUGCCCUGGGGCAUCGCGCUGACCCUGAACUUCCCGGAGAGUGUCACGCCGCACAACAUCGAGCGCCUGCGCGCGCUGGUGGAGAACGGGCCCUACCCGCCCCCCGGCCAGACGGGCGCUCGCUUCAUCAUCCGCGACGACGGCUCGCGCCUCGACCUCCGCUUCCUGAAGACCGAGCGGGACCGGCACCUCCAGCCCGGGUACAAGGUGGAGCGCCACAUGAUCAACGGUGACGUGGUCAUCUUCAACCGCCAGCCCUCCCUGCACAAGAUGUCCAUGAUGGGCCACCGCGUGCGCAUCCUGCCCUACUCCACCUUCCGCCUGAACCUGAGCGUGACCAGCCCCUACAACGCCGACUUUGACGGCGACGAGAUGAACAUGCACAUGGUUCAGAGCCAUGAGGUCCGGGCCGAGAUCAAGGAGAUCAUGGCGGUGCCGCUGAACAUCGUGUCCCCCCAGGCCAACCGCCCCGUCAUGGGCAUCGUCCAGGACUCGCUGCUGGGCUCGCGCCUGUUCACCAAGCGCGACACCUUCCUGGAGCGCGACCUGCUCAUGAACGUGCUGAUGUGGCUGGAGGGCUGGGACGGCGUGGUGCCCACGCCCGCCAUCCUCAAGCCGCGCCCGCUGUGGACGGGGAAGCAGGUGUUCUCCAUGUUCCUGCCGCGCGUGAACCUGCAGCGCCGCGCCGCCUGGUUCCGCGACGGCGAGCCGGACGCCAUGUCUCCCGUGGACGCCCAGGUCAUCAUCCAGGACGGCGUGGUGCUGGCGGGCACGCUGUGCAAGAAAACGCUGGGCGCGUCGGCGGGGGGGCUGGUGCACGUCAUCUGGAUGGAGUGCGGGCCGGAGGCCGCGCGCGCCUUCCUCUCCCAAGUCCAAUUCACCGUCAACCAGUGGCUGCUGCAGCACGGCUUCAGCAUCGGCAUCGGCGACCUGAUUGCCGACGCGCGCACCAUGACCAUCAUCAACGACAUUAUGGAGCGGGCCAAGGAGGACGUCAAGCGCCUGAUCGGCAAGGUGCAGUCCAACGAUCUGGAGCAGCAGCCGGGGCGCAGCAUCAUGGAGUCCUUCGAGAACCAGGUCAAUCAGGUGCUGAACAAGGCGCGUGACGACGCGGGGAACCAGGCCCAGGGCUCGCUCCACGACACCAACAACGUCGUGCGCAUGGUGACCGCGGGGAGCAAGGGCUCCUUCAUCAACAUCUCCCAGAUGAUUGCGUGCGUUGGGCAGCAGAACGUGGAGGGCAAGCGCAUCCCCUUUGGCUUCUCCCAGCGCACUCUGCCCCACUUUACCAAGGACGACUUUGGCCCCGAGUCGCGCGGAUUCGUGGAGAACUCCUACCUGCGCGGCCUGACGCCGCAGGAGUUCUUCUUCCACGCCAUGGGCGGGCGUGAGGGAUUGAUCGACACGGCGGUGAAGACCGCCAGCACGGGCUACAUCCAGCGCCGCCUGGUGAAGGCCAUGGAGGACCUGAUGCUGCGCCCCCAGCCUGCUCCUCGAAUUCCCAUGCUCUGGCACCCGCAAAUGUACGACGGCACGGUGAGGAAUGCGGUGGGCGAGGUGAUCCAGUUCCUGUACGGCGAGGACGGCAUGGAGGGCACGGCCAUCGAGAGCCAGCGCAUGGACUUCCUGCGCUACACGCCCAAGCGCUUUGCCGCCGCCUUCGCCUACGACCUGGACCGCGCGGCCUGGGCCCCUGACUGGCUCGACCCCGGCGAGCUGGAGGCGCUGCGCGCCGACCUGGACGCGCGCCAGGCGCUGGACGCCGAGCUGGCGCAGCUGGCCGAGGACCAGCGCACGCUGCAGCGCGAGGUCAUGCGCGGCGGCGAGGCGGCCUGCAACCUCCCGGUCAACCUCAAGCGCCUGAUCGAGAACGCGCAGCGCAAGUUUGCCUGUCGGCCCUACAGGCCGGGGUCCACCGGCCUGAGCCCGCUGGUGGUGAUCGCCAAGGUGCGGGAGCUGACCGAGAAGCUGCGCGUCGUGGGGGGCGCCGACCCGCUGUCUCGCGAGGCCCAGCGCAACGCGACGCUGCUCUUCUUCUGCCUCCUGCGCUCCACCCUGGCCAGCAAGCGCGUGCUGGCGGAGCACAAGCUCUCCCCCGACGCCUUUGAGUGGCUGGUGGGGGAGGUGGGCACCAGAUUCAUGCACGCGCUGACGGCGCCCGGGGAGGUGGUGGGCACGGUGGCGGCGCAGAGCAUCGGGGAGCCGACCACGCAGAUGACGCUCAACACCUUCCACUUUGCGGGCGUGUCGGCCAAGAACGUGACGCUGGGUGUGCCGCGGCUGACGGAGAUCAUCAACAUUUCCAAGAACAUCAAGACCCCCAGCCUGACGGUGCACCUGCUGGGCGAGGCGGUGCGGGACAAGGAGGCGGCCAAGGCGGUGCAGUGCGGUCUGGAGUUCACGACGCUGCGACGCGUGACCGCGGCCACGGAGAUCCACUACGACCCCGACCCGCGCUCCACCCACCUGGCGGAGGAUGCGGAGUGGGUGGCGGCGUACUGGGACCUGGCGGAGGGCGACGUGGACGCGUCGCGCAUGUCCCCCUGGCUGCUGCGCAUCGAGCUGGCGCGCGACAUGAUGGUGGACAAGAAGCUGUUGCUCAGCGAGGUGGCGGAGCGCAUCAACUCCGGGUUUGAGGAUGAGCUGCACUGCCUGUUCAACGACGACAACGCGGACCGCCUCAUCCUGCGCAUCCGCGUCAUGGCCGACGAGGGCGCGGGCAAGGACGGCGGCGGCGAGGGCGAGGACGAUGAUGUGUUCCUGAAGAAGGUGGAGACCAGCAUGCUGAGCCAGGUGCGGCUGCAGGGCGUGGAGGGCAUCCGCAAGGUGUUCCUGCGCGAGGCCAAGCGCACGCGACUGGACGAGGAGGGCGGCCGCGGCUUCGUCCAGGACACCGAGUGGGUCCUGGACACCGAAGGCGUGAACCUGCUGGAGGUGAUGUGCCACCCGGACGUCGACUUCAGCCGCACGGUGAGCAACGACGUGAUCGAGAUCCUGCAGGUGCUGGGCAUCGAGGCGGCGCGCAAUGCGCUGCUCAAGGAGUUGCGCGGCGUGAUCGAGUUCGACGGCUCCUACGUCAACUACCGCCACCUGAGCUCCCUGGUGGACUCCAUGACGCGGCGCGGCUACUUCAUGGCCAUCACGCGGCACGGCAUCAACCGCGACGAAACCGGGCCCCUUCACCAGGCCUCCUUCGAGGAGACGGUGGAGAUCCUGUGCCGCGCCGCGGCGUACGCGGAGGCCGACGACAUGGCGGGCGUGUCGGAGAACAUCAUGCUGGGCCAGCUCUGCCCCGUGGGCACGGGGGCCUUUGGCCUCAUGCUGGACGAGGCCAAGCUGGCCGACGCCAUCGAGCUGGACUACGCCUUUGCCGAGGAGGCGGCCUGGGGCGGCGGGCUGACCCCGGGGCGCACGCCGCUCAUGACCCCGGGCAGGGCCUCGCCCUCCGCGCUCAUGUCACCCUCCCAGAGCCCCUUCCACGACUCCGUCCUCUUCUCCCCGGCGGGUGACGUCAUGUUUUCCCCAGGAGGGGCCAGCCCGGGGUACAGGUGUGUUUGCUGGUGGUGGGUUUUGGGGGGAGGGGGAUGGGUCUGCUGA